AUGGAAGAUAUCCCUCCACGUAAGCCACAUCGCCUUGAAAGAGGUGAUCAUAUGAUUACUACUGAGAGAGUAGCAACAUAUGACAAAAUGGCUAGAAAUUUACAUCAUCCUUCUUAUAGAAAUGAUUUCACAAAACAUUAUGACGAUCUUUUUCGAUUAAAUCUUAAAUUUCACGAUUUAAACUAUCCAGCACCACCCCCAGAAAUUCGUACAAGGAAAUAUAAGACAAUCGACCCAAUGACUGGUACAAUGUCUACAACAUUACUUAGUUCCCGUGUUACAAACAGCGAAACUCGCAAAAAGAGUAAAUACAUGAGUACCAAACGCUUAGGAUCUCCAAAGAAGCAAAUAACUUCUUUCCGCGAAAAAUUUAUUGAAGAUUUAAAGCGUGACGAGGGCAAACCAUUUGCAGAUCAAGAAAGAAUUAUAGCCGAACUAGUAAGAUCUCUUCUAAAAGAGGGAGUUGAGAUGGAAACCAUUCAAAAUGCUUUUGAAGAUGUUCGUAUAGACUUUAUUGUCCAUCAAGACACAUCAGAACUAGAAAUAGUUUUGAACUUCUGA